GCGAGCAUGGCCUGGACCAAGUACCAGCUCUUCCUGGCUGGCCUGAUGCUCAUCACGGGCUCCAUCAACACCCUUUCCGCGAAGUGGGCUGACAAGCUGAGUGCUCCGGGCUGCAAUGGCACAGACAUACACAGCUUCGAGCAUCCUUUCCUCCAGGCAGUGGGCAUGUUCCUGGGGGAGUUUUCCUGCCUGGCUGCUUUCUACCUCCUGCUCUGCAGUGACCGGCGGAGGCCAGAGCCCACCAUGGCACCGCCUCAGUCCUUUAACCCGCUGCUUUUCCUACCCCCGGCACUCUGUGACAUGACGGGGACUAGCCUGAUGUAUGUGGCUCUGAACAUGACCAGUGCCUCCAGCUUCCAGAUGCUGCGAGGGGCUGUGAUCAUCUUCACGGGGCUGCUCUCAGUGGCCUUUCUCAGGCGGAAGCUGGUGCUGAGCCAAUGGUUGGGCAUCUUGGUGACCAUUCUUGGGCUGGUGGUGGUCGGCCUGGCAGACCUGCUAAACAACAAUGAUGCAACGCACAAGCUGAGUGAAGUCAUCACAGGUGACCUUCUCAUCAUCCUGGCUCAGGUGAUAGUUGCCAUCCAGAUGGUCCUGGAGGAGAAGUUUGUCUACAAGCACAAUGUUCACCCUCUGCAGGCUGUUGGCACUGAAGGCUUCUUUGGAUUCGUCAUCCUUUCCCUGCUCUUGGUGCCCAUGUACUACAUCCCCGGUGGCAGCUUCAGUGGCAAUCCACGGAAAGUGCUAGAAGAUGCUCUUGACGGCUUCUGUCAGAUCGGCCACGUCCCGCUCAUUGUUGUGGCCCUGCUGGGCAACAUCAGCAGCAUCGCCUUUUUCAACUUUGCUGGCAUCAGCGUCACCAAGGAGAUCAGCGCCACCACCCGGAUGGUGCUCGACAGCUUGCGCACCGUGGUCAUUUGGGCAGUCAGCUUGGCCGUUGGCUGGGAGGUCUUCCAUGGACUACAGAUCCUGGGGUUCAUCAUCCUCCUAGUUGGCGCUGCUCUCUACAAUGGUCUGCAUCAGCCCCUCCUUGCCCGCCUGCCCUGGGGCAGGGCACCAGCAGAUGCCCCAAGCUCAGAUGCAGAUCGAGAGGGCCUCUUGGCCGCAGAUGGAGCUUCCAUUAAUGGGGAUAGCUGAUAG